AUGUCGUUGCUCAUCAAAUUUGAGUCGAAAUCCGCGAGAGUGAAAGGUUUGUUUGAUUUUUUGCAGCCAAAUUGAUUUUUCUUGUAAAUAUCACUGUUUUUCAAAAACAAGUGGUUAUUUGAACAUUCACUUUGAUUUUCCAAUUUUCCCGGGAUGAAAUAUAUCAAAAACCCUGUGUUUUCCUCAAAAAAAUGGUUUUUUCCAGGAAUUUCAUUCCACCCGACUCGCCCAUGGGUUCUAACAUCUCUUCACAGCGGUGUUAUUCAAUUGUGGGAUUAUCGAAUGUGUGUACUUCUCGAGAAGUUCGAUGAGCAUGACGGACCAGUUCGAGGAAUCUGUUUCCAUCAAGAACAACCGAUUUUUGUCUCUGGUGGUGAUGAUUACAAGAUCAAAGUGUGGAAUUAUAAGCAGAAACGAUGCAUUUUCACACUUUUAGGACAUUUGGAUUAUAUUCGAACAACAUUUUUCCACAAUAAAUAUCCAUGGAUUAUAUCAGCUUCUGAUGAUCAAACUGUUCGUAUUUGGAAUUGGCAAUCACGAAAUUCUAUUGCUAUUUUAACCGGACAUAAUCAUUAUGUAAUGUGUGCACAAUUUCACCCAACAGAAGAUUUAGUCGCAUCAGCUUCUUUGGAUCAAACUGUUCGAAUUUGGGAUAUUUCAGGAUUGAGAAAGAAACAAAUGCCAGGAGGAGGUGUUCCAACUCGACCAUCUGGUCCACAACAAGCUGAACUAUUUGGACAACCUGAUGCUGUUGUGAAACAUGUUCUUGAAGGACAUGAUCGUGGUGUGAAUUGGGUUGCAUUCCAUCAUCAAAUGCCAAUUCUUGUUUCUGGUUCUGAUGAUAGACAAGUUAAAAUGUGGAGAUAUAAUGAGACAAAAGCUUGGGAAGUUGAUAGUUGUCGAGGACAUUAUAAUAAUGUAUCAUCUGUUUUAUUCCAUCCAAAUUCAGAAUUGAUUCUGUCGAAUUCGGAGGAUAAAAGUAUUCGAGUUUGGGAUAUGCAAAAACGCACAAGCCUUCAUGUUUUCAGGUAAUUUUGAGGUUUUCUGCAGAAAUGGCUCAAAUUCGAGUUGUUUUUUUUUGAAAAAAUCAUUGUAAUUUUUCGUGACAAUCUCCAAAUUCCAAAAUUAUUUUUCAGACACGAAAACGAACGCUUCUGGGUCCUUGCCGCUCAUCCAAGUUUGAAUAUGUUUGCCGCCGGACACGACAACGGAAUGGUCGUUUUCAAAAUUCAAAGAGAACGUCCAGCUUAUUGUGUCAAUGAGAAUCUUGCAUUUUAUGUCAAAGAUAAGCAAUUGAGAAAGCUCGAUUUCACCACAAAGUUAGUUAUAGUUUGGUUUUUUCUCACUGUCAGCUGGUCAUGAUUUUCGAUAUAAUUCAUGUAAUAAUUUAUAUUCAAAGUUUAUGGUCAGCGGGUCUAAAUCUAGCAGAAAAAUGUAAUUUCAUCAAAAUUAAGUGAAUAACCUAAUUAAUUACAGCAAAGAUGUCGCCGUUUGCAAAUUGCGUGCUGCCGCCGCUUUCAUGCAACCAUAUUAUUCGCUCUCCUUCAAUCCAGCUGAAAGCUCAUUUUUGCUCACAAGUCGAUCACAUAAUCGCGAAAUGUGCACUUUUGAUUUGUACAAAGUUCAAGCAAACAGCGAUGGAAAUUCGGAUGCUCAAGCUAUUCGCAGCACUGGAAUUGCUGCACUUUGGGUGGCUAGAAAUCGAUUUGCGGUUUUGGAUAAGGCGCAAAAUGUUAGUGAGAAAACAUUUGAUCCGAACUAAGAAUACAAAAACUCUAAUUUUAACCCUGACUUUUCCAGGUUUCUCUCCGCGAUUUGGCUAACAAAGAGCUCCGAAAACUCGAAAACAUCAACACAGCCGUCGAUGAUAUUUUCUACGCUGGAACUGGUAUGAUUCUUCUCAAAAACGAGGAUGGUCUUCAAUUAUUCGAUGUUCAACAAAAAAUUGUGACCGCUUCAGUGAAAGCGAGCAAAGUUCGUUAUGUUAUUUGGAGCAAAUCCAUGGAAUAUGCUGCCCUUCUCUCUAAACAUACCCUAACUCUUGUUAAUCGCAAAUUGGAAAUUCUCUGCACUCAACAAGAAUCAACUCGUGUUAAAAGUGGUGCUUGGGAUGAUGAUUCAGUGUUUUUGUAUACAACAAGUAAUCAUAUCAAAUAUGCGAUAACUUCGGGAGAUUGUGGAAUUGUUCGAACUUUGGAUUUGCCUUUGUAUAUUUUAGCGGUUCGUGGUGCAACUUUGUAUUGUUUGAAUCGUGAAGCGACACCUGUUGAAGUUCCAAUUGAUACUGCUGAUUAUAAAUUCAAGUUAGCAUUGAUUAAUCGAAGAAUUGAUGAAGUUGUGAAUAUGGUGAAAUCGGCUAAUCUUGUUGGACAAUCUAUCAUCGGAUAUUUGGAGAAAAAAGGUUAUCCCGAAAUUGCCCUUCAUUUUGUGAAAGAUGAAAAGACUAGAUUUGGUUUGGCGUUGGAAUGUGGAAAUCUUGAAGUUGCUUUGGAGGCAGCCAAAAGAUUGGAUGAAACUGCGGUUUGGGAAGCAUUGGGAGAAGCUGCACUUUUACAAGGAAAUCAUCAAAUUGUUGAGAUGAGUUAUCAAAGAACGAAGAAUUUCGAGAAAUUAUCCUUCUUAUAUUUUGUUACUGGAAAUACGGAUAAACUUGUGAAAAUGAUGAGAAUUGCACAAGCAAGAAAUGAUUCGGAUGGACAUUUCAACACUGCUCUGUAUGUUGGAGAUGUUGAGGAAAGAAUCAAGGUUCUUCGAGGAUGCGGACAGACAAGUCUAGCUUAUUUGGCUGCUGCAACACAUGGAUUUGAAGGAGAAGCUGAAGAAUUGAAGGGAGAAUUGGAGAGUAAACAACAAGCGAUUCCACCGGUUGAUGCGAAUGCAAGAUUGUUGGCGCCGCCUCCGCCAGUUUGUAAAUUGGAGGAAAAUUGGCCAUUAUUGGCGUCGGCUCGUGGAGCAUUUGAUGCGCAAUUAUUGGGACUUGGAGGAGGUGUUGGUGGAGGAGCUGCGGCGAAAACUGGAGGAGUUAAACCAGCUGCUGCUGCAUUUGCUGCUAUUGAGGAUGAUGUGAGUUUUGGGCCUAAUUUUUCCAGUGGAAAAUCUAACAUUUCCUUGAAAGAUUUUCUUCUGUAAUUUUGGUCGAAAAAAUGAUGAUUUUGAGCAAUUUCUCUUCAUUUUGGAUAUAAAUUAGUUAUUCUAAAUUCCAUGCAAAAAAAUUGGAUUUUGAUGCUUCGAUUCUAGAAAAUCACAGGGUUUUGAAAAAUAUGAGCUGAAAAUCACAAAAUUGAAAGAUAAACCUAGAUUUCUCCAACUUUGACCUGAAGUUUCAGAGCUAUCUCGCUUCACCUCAAAAAUUCCAUUUUUUUUACAGGAUGUUGAUGGUGGAGCCGAUGGUGCUUGGGGAGACGAUGAAUAUUUGGUUGGUGAAGACGGAGAACCUGAAUUUGAUGAAGGUGAAGGUGGAAGUGCUGGAAUUGGUGAAGACGACGAAGAAGGCGGUUGGGAUGUUGAUGAUGAUUUGGCAAUUCCUGACAUCGCUGAAGAUGGCACUGGAAAUGGUGAAGAAGAUGAAGAAGUUGUCCCAAAUGCCGCUCCAGCAGUUUCUUCCGAAUGGCCAAAUGCAUCUCGUCUUGUUGCUGAUCAUGUUGCUGCUGGUUCAUUCGAAACUGCCAUCAAAUUGUUGCGCGACACAAUUGGUGUCAUCGAUGCUGCUCCAUUCAAAGAAGUGUUUUUGCGAGUUUAUGGAACUUCGAGAUUAUCGCAUCGUGGAUGGGGAGGAUUGGGACCAGCUGGACCAAUUUAUAUUCAUCCGAUUCGAAAUUAUCAAGAAGAGAAGAAUCAUUUACCAGUUGUUGCCAUCAAAUUAUCACUUUUGGCAAAGAAAUUGCAAAAGUCUUAUCAAUUAACAACUUCUGGAAAAUUCGGAGAUGCGAUCGUAAAAUUGAGAGAAAUCUUGCUAUCUGUUCCACUUUUGGUUGUAUCAUCGAAACAAGAAGUAGCAGAAGCCGAACAACUUAUUGCAAUUACUCGAGAAUAUUUGGCAGCUUUGCUCUUGGAAAUUCAUCGAAAAGAUGCGCCAAAAGCAACUCCAGCGGAUUUGAAAAGAAAUGCCGAAUUGGCUGCAUAUUUCACACAUUUCGAUUUGCAACCAAUGCAUCGAAUUUUGACUCUCAGAGCUGCUAUUAAUACAUUCUUCAAGAUGAAGCAAAUGAGAACUUGCGCUUCGCUGUGCAAGAGAUUAUUGGAAUUGGCUCCAAAACCUGAAGUUGCUGCACAGAUAAGAAAAGUAUUGGUGGCUGCUGAGAAGGAUAAUACCGAUGCGAAUCAGGUAAAUUUUUAAAAUAAUAUGGGAAAAGGGUGUUUGAAACAUGAAUCCUAUGAAAAUAUCCCUGAAAAUAUCUAGCUGAAAUCGUCUGAAACAAAACGAAAAGUUCGGAAUUUGAAAGUAUGACCAAAGUUUAUUGAUUUUUUGAGAAAAAGUCGGAUUGUUUCUGAAUUUUCAGAAUUAAAUUUUUUUCGAUUAUUGUGAAAUUUUUAACUAGAACAAUUCAUCAGAAAACUCCGAAUUUCAAAAUUUUUAUCUGAAAAAUCAUAACAAUUUUAGAUCUGCAAUUAUUGAUUUGAAAAUUUUUUCUCCAAAAUUUCAUUAUUUUUUUUUCCAGUUCCUCUACGACGAGCAUAAUCCAUUCGUCAUUUGCUCUCGCAAUUUCGUUCCAUUAUACCGUGGUCGACCAUUAUGCAAAUGCUCAUUCUGUGGAGCAUCGUAUUCCGAAGGUUUGGAAGGCGAAUUGUGCGAUGUUUGCCAAGUGUCCGAAAUUGGAAAAAAUGUUUUGGGAUUGAGAAUUUCGACAUUGAAAAAUUAA